AUGACGGCAGGGCUGGCGGUGCUUGUAGCGCUGAGCGUGCUGCUCUUCGUGGGUGCCAUCGUCAUGCUGCUUUUCUUCUGUCGGCGUAUCCAGGUCCAGCGCGAGCGCGAGUCGCUUGUGUUCAUUCAGGAGCCGGCCGACGUUUAUCGAGAAGAGCUCAACGAUAGUUUCAUGGAACAGGCUCUGUGGCGCUGCGGCGUAUGCAAAUUCCUCAACCACCCAGAACGCAAACUUUGCGACUUGUGUCAGACAUUAAGAGGCGCAGAGCGAGACGUAGCUGGCAACAAGAAGCACUCUCGCAGUAGCUUUUCAAGAGGAAGUUUAAGCUCCAGCUCAGCGCAGAGAAUGGGUCGGAUCGGCGAGACGGAGGCCUUUUCAUCUGCACAGGCCGAUGACGCCAUUGGCGGGUCGUUCGGACGACCGAGCUUUGAGUUCUCGAGAAAGCCAAAGUCUUCGAGUAAAUUGAGCAAAUUACAAUUAGCUGCUAGUCGAAGACAGCAGUGGAAAAGGAUGCCGACCACGGAUGGCUUGCAUCGGUGGGUGAGGCAGCAGUCUAGAAGACAGUCGAGAGCAGGCCAACGGGACUCGAUGGAGAGUGAUCCAGGUGGAAGGAUGUCACUGAACAGGUACUUGGACGCUACGGAAAGAGACAGCAACCUGUCAAUUGGAUACAUUCGAGUAAGAGAUUCACUUGGACGGUUGGUGCUGAACGAGAGCGACGUGGUGGCGACAGAUUUCCACUACCGGAUUAAUAUUUUAGACGGUACAGGCAGCUCCGAGCUGAUUAUGAACCUCGAGGGGGUACACAACUUGCCCUUCCCCGAUAAAAUCCGCUGGUUUUCGACAGAGAUCCAUCGACUGUGGCUUCCCUGGGAAUCAGGCCACGCAGAGUUGGUGGUGCGAAGGGAUCAUUUAUUGCAGGACUCGUUCGAACUUGUGGCAGCUAUGAAGCCGUAUCAGUUAAGACAGAGGUGGCGUGUGGUGUUUGACGGGGAACCGGCGCUGGAUGCAGGCGGAGUCAUGCGUGAGUGGUUCACACUGCUUUUUGCUGAGUUGUUCGACCCAUCUUUCGGGCUAUUUGUGAGUACAGUGGGCGAUGAGAGAAGCUACUGGAUCAACGCCAGCUCCGACUUACUGCUUGGUGAAGAGGACCAUUUGGCUUACUUCGAAUUUGCAGGACGGCUUGUGGGCAAGGCGAUUCUGGAAGAACACUUGAUGCCAGUUCAUCUUGCACUGCCAUUCCUCAAACAUAUUCUAGGCGUCCCGAUCUCUUUCUCGGAUUUACAAUUUCUGGAUGACGAAAUUUACAAUAGCGCGCUAAUGGUGAAAAAGAUCGACGAUAUCGAGCCGCUAUGUCUGGAUUUUACAGCUACUCGCGUUGUAGAUGGCAAGCCAGAGAUCGUGGAGCUUGUCGAAGGAGGUGCCAACAUUGAUGUCACGCGAGAGAAUCGCUCGCGGUACUUAGAUGCUUUGUUCAAGUAUCACGUUCUAGGCAGUGUCAGCGAUCAGUUGCUGUCAUUCCUCACUGCGUUGUAUGACGUAGUGCCCGAGGGAUUGCUCAAACUAUUCGACUACCAAGAACUCGAGCUGCUUAUGUGCGGCGUGCCGUCUAUUGAUGUGGAGGACUGGAAAAAGCACACCGAUUUCAAGUUUUUUACCCAUAAUUUCCCAACGGAACUGGAGCUUAACAACAUCGAGUGGUUCUGGGAAGUUGUGGAGGAUAUGAGGAACGAGGACCGUGUGCGCUUGCUGCAGUUCGCGACGGGCACUAGUCGAGUCCCGGCGCAGGGUUUCAAGGGGUUGAUCAGCAGCGACGGUCGUGUACGGCGCUUCAAUGUUGCCUUCGCCGGUGCGAACCAGUCGUUCCUAUUCCCGAAGGCACACACGUGCUUUAAUCGUCUGGAUCUGCCAAUUUACAACUCGAAGGAGGUUCUAGCAGAGUACGUCAACCUGAUUGUGCAGAUGGACAUCACUGGCUUCACCAUUGAGUAA